AUGAAUAAGAUUUUCCGAAGCGAUGAAGCAGCAUAUGAAUUUUAUAGGAGGUUCGGCAAAUGUUUUGGUUUUGGUAUUCGAAAGGGUGACUCGGGAAAAGAUGAAAGUGGAAGGGUUAUUCGUCGUAGAUUUUUUUGUAAUAGAGCUGGCCUGCGACAACGUCACUAUGAUAGGCUAGAUAGGAAUAGAGGUCAUAGACUGAAAACGUGCACAAAUUGUGAGGCAAAGCUGUCAGUCUACCUUGAUGUGGUCAGUGGUAAAUGGAGGGCUCAUGGUGUUCCGACGUCCAAGAUUCUGGGGUAUAUGGCUGGACAGGCUGGUGGCUAUUCUCUAAUGGGCUUCACUAAGAAGGAUGCUUACAAUUAUAUUAACAAGGCUAAGCGUGCAAAGAUUAUUGAUGGGGACGCCAACGCGACUGUUGUAUACUUGGAGGGAAAAGCGGGGGGAGAUCCGAUGUCGAUGGCUAGGUAUAAUCUUACUAAGGAUAAUAUGCUGGCCAAUAUGUUUUGGGCGGAUGGUGGCAGUAGAGUUGAUUACCAAAACUUUAGGGAUGUUCUAGCCUUUGAUUCGACCUACAAGAAAAAUAAAUAUCAGAGGCCGCUGGUGAUAUUUUCUGGUGUGAAUAACCAUAAGCAGACGACAAUAUUUGGGUUUGGGUUGGUGUUAGAUGAAAGCGUUGGGUCUUAUAAGUGGUUGCUAGAAAAUUUGUUGGAAGUCAUGUGUAACAAGAAGCCGUCAGUUGUCGUCACGGAUGACUGUGAUUCAAUGAAAGCUGCAAUCAAUUCUUUUUUUCCGGAGGCAACGCAUCGAUUGUGUGCUUGGCAUAUGGAGAAGAACGUAACUGCUAAUGUGAAGGAAAAGAGACUGCGGCAAUGUUUCACCCGGUGGCUGUACUCGGAGAUGGAAAUAGAUGAAUUUGAGGCUGAGUGGGACGAUGCAGUUGAAGAGUAUGGGUUACAAAACAGUUUUUGGGCCAAAGAAACUUUUCAGAAAAGGAUGAUGUGGGCUAAUGCGUAUCUACAAGACAAGUUCUGUGCAGGCUUUCGGACAACAUCCUGGUGCGAAGACAUUAACGCGUAUGUGAAGAAUUUUCUUAAGUCUAGGCAUAGUCUCGUUGAUAUGGUUCAAAAUUUAGAGUUGGUUGUGCGAGAGUACCGCAAUAACGAAUUGCUUGCACAAUUUAGAUCACUCCAUGGGAUGCCGGUUAUGACAACUUGUUUGGAUCCUCUUGAAAAGUAUGCUGCAGAUGCAUACACGCGGGAGAUAUUCGUUGAUGCGAAAAAGGAAAUAGUGGGUGUCAGUGCAGUUAAUUUUGUAGCCAAGAAUAGACAUUCAACUACAAUGGUGUACACAUUGGAGGAAUACGGCAACCCAGGUAUAGAGAGGUGGCGCAAGGAAGCAAAGUCGUUGGAUAAAUAUGCCGAGAUAGCAGAAGUUGGUAGUGAAAGGGGUUUCUUGUUGUGCCAUGGUGCACUUCAUGCAGCCGCACAGUGGAUGCUAUAUGUCGGAGCUAGGAGCCCAUCCUCUUUCACACAAGCACUUAACGGUCUCCACACGUUGUGUCAGGAACUGGAUAGAGGCCAUGAAAAUGUCCGUCAGAACAAAGCACAUGACACGGUUGAAAUGCAUGACCCUGCUGUGGUGAAGACCAAGGGUGCCCCUCGUGUGAGGAGGCAAGGCGGACGGAAAAGGCGCUGCACCCGUUGCCGCAAAACGAGUCACCUAAAACGACACUGCAAUUCCGAUGGUGCCUUUGUAUCAAAAGCUAAAGACAACAAAGAUUUUGAGGCAAUAAAUUUAGGGUCGGAGGGGUCAUCGCCAACGGAAGGGGUUUGCUCAGAGUCAUCAGGUUCGAAGAUUAGAUUACAAGAUGAAAUUCCUGCUGCAAGUGGACGUAGUGAGACUAUGGAAUGCGAAAGGAACGUGAUAAAUAACACCGAUGAUUUACUAAAACAGCUACUGACUCAAAUAACUGAUAUCAGUUCAAGACUGGGUUCGAGGUUCCCUACAUAA